UGCCGUGUCAGUUCCGGCGUAAACAUGGAGGAGCGAGAAGCGCUGAAGCGACAGAUCGAGCUUCUUCAGGAUCUCAUCAAUAAACACAAGAGUGUCCAUGGUGAUGCACCGUUUCCAGCAGCUGAGCAGACGCAUCCACAAGCUCCAUCAUUCACCAGAGGCAGAGGUCACAGCACAUCUGUGGGCCAUCCUUACAGCUCCACAGGGAGAACUUAUGCUCCUCAGACUCGAGGAAGUUGGAGAAAAACACACUCGCUCAGAAACAAGAACCCUCAAACCUCUCUCGUACAUCAAUCAGCUUCUUCCUCUUCCUCCACCGAGCCUCAGUCUGGUUCCCAACCUGCAACCCGCAGCAUCUCACUGCCCAGCCUCAGCAGAGGAGAGGAGGGAGAGGGAACCAAAACUGCACCUUUAUUGUCAGGGAUUGCUCAACAGAAGAAAGAGAGACAUGUAAGCACCACAGGGAUUAGCGAAGAUGCAUCAAGGAAGCCAUCCCCAGAUGAUCUAGAUAAAAGUUCAACAGCCACAAGUUGCCAACAUGAAACCCAACUCAGACCAACUCAAGGAUUUCAGCAGAAAGCUCAAGUUGUUCCAGAAAAGAUGGCAGGUGUUUCUUCAGAGGUAUCCUCUGUAAAGAUCAAUACUCAAGUACAGAUCAAACCUUCCCUGAUCAGCAAACCCAGCGAUAAACAGACUCCAGUAGCUCCUACAACUGCUGAUAUCAUAUCACUGCCCGCUGAUGUGUCUAAGGUAGCGGUAACCAGCCAGGCUCAAGCCAGCAAGCCUUUUCUGAAAAAGUCCAAAUUCACGUGGGUGAAGAGCCAGAACGUGGGAGGAGUGGAGUCCAGACAAGCUACUUCUGUUUCUUCAUCCCCAGGAAAAGUUGCGUCUGUUUCUCCAGCCUCAGCCUCUAAAGUUUCCAGUGGAAGCUCCCCCUCAUUCACAUCCAGCAAGAGAACCCCUGCCAGGAAGUUACUGCGAAAGCUGAGCCCCAUCACCAUCGCCGCCAAGACCUCCAAGUACAAAUGGGUCUCCUCCUCCGCUGGAGCCCAGACCAAGACAUCUCGAAAACCUGUGUCACCAAAAGUCCUGACUCUUCCUCCGAGAGCUUUGGAGAAGGGAGAGGCCACCAAGAGACUCAGGUCUCCCUCCACUCCCUCUGCUAAAGUAAAAAGAGCAACCAGCUCUGCACUCAGCAGCCGGUACCGCUGGAAGGCUGGGGGCCAGAGUUCCCCCGGGGUCGCAACUGCAGGGGCAGCAGCAACGUCUCGUCGUAGGUCCGCCUUCAUCUGGACGGCAGAAAAAAGCAGCAGAGGAGUGAAAGGAGGGCUGGUUGUUUCUCCAUCUCUACCUCAACGAGCCUCACUCCCUUCCUCCUCCCCUGGUGGUUUCAAACUCCGCAGUAGGAUGAAAAUCAUAAGGAAGUCCGCUAACAGCGGCGGUGGUUCGGAGAGAGGAAGCAGCCCGUCAGCAGUAAAGUUCUCCCCACGGGGCCGAACACACACCUGGACCAGGACUCCCACAGGAGUUAGGAGGACGCCCUCCAGGGAGCUGGUGUCUUUUGGUAGACACAAGUUGAGGCGACUCUCUCUCACCUCAUCAAGGACAAGUCCCGCCUCCUCCUCCCACUGUGGUCCCGCCUCCCAGCGGGUGUACAGGUCACGCUACAAGAUGGUGACCCGUCCGGGCCCCAGCUCUGCACACAUCCACCAUUACAACCCCGCCCUGUCCUGGAGAGCCAAGAGGAUCCAGUCGGCCAGGAGUUUCCUUCAGAGCCGCCUUCGCUCCCCCCCAUCACACACCCAGCACUGGAGAGGAAGCGGCAUGUGCUGGAUUGGUGGAUCCCUGUACCGGGUGUCGGCCAAUAAGUUGUCCCGCACGGUGGCGUCCAACAUGUCGAUCAGCCGAACAGGAAGGUUCUCCAACCCCCACGUCUCCUCCACGAUUCCUGCUUGGACCCGACCCUCCAGCACUCGUCAUUUAGCCAGUCGUGCAGUUCAGCGGAGCCUCGCUAUAAUCAGACAUGCUCACCAGAAGAAGCAGCAGAAGCAGUACUGCAUGUACUACAACCGCUUCGGCAAGUGUAACCGUGGCAACAGCUGUCCCUACAUACAUGACCCCGACAAGGUGGCCGUCUGCACAAGGUUUCUGCGAGGGACAUGCAAGCAGGCGGACGGGACGUGUCCAUUUUCCCAUAAGGUGGCGAAGGAGAAGAUGCCGGUGUGUUCUUACUUCCUGAAGGGAAUCUGUAACAACAGCGACUGUCCCUACAGUCACGUCUACGUGUCCCGCAAAGCUGAAGUCUGUGAGGACUUCGUCAAAGGCUACUGUCCAGAGGGAGAGAAGGUACAAACACACGUUCACUCCACCUGUGACAGC